CCACGUCCAUUCCGCUACGCUACACCCUGGAACGUCCAAUUCCGUAAUUUACUCCCCCUGCCUUCACUCUUCAGUCACCAAACCAUUACCUGGCGACCUUGAAACGACAUUUCCGGAAGCGACUCGCCGGCGAUCCCAGUCCUCAUUCGCUCCAAAAUUACCGAAAUUUAAGUAUUCGACUUAAAGAUUAACUGUAAAUUUGAGCUUCAUCCAUGGCUGUCCCUGUUGAGGAAGCCAUCGCGGCUCUUUCCACAUUCUCACUUGAGGAUGAGCAACAAGAGGUGCAAGGACCAGGACUUUGGGUGUCGACUGAGAGAGGUGCAACCGAGAGUCCAAUUGAGUACAGUGAUGUUUCUGCAUACCGCCUAUCUCUAUCAGAGGACACAAAAGCUUUCAAUCAGCUGAAUGCCCUUAUCCAAGAGGGGAAGGAGAUGGCAUCCGUGCUUUAUACAUAUCGCAGUUGUGUCAAAGCACUUCCUCAGCUCCCUGAUUCUAUGAAGCAAAGUCAAGCUGACUUGUAUUUAGAAACAUAUCAAGUUUUGGACUUGGAGAUGAGUCGUCUGCGUGAAAUUCAGCGAUGGCAAGCAUCAGCUGCAUCAAAACUAGCUGCUGAUAUGCAACGCUUUUCAAGGCCUGAGCGGCGCAUUAAUGGCCCGACAAUAACUCAUCUCUGGUCCAUGUUGAAGUUACUUGAUGUCUUGGUGCAACUUGAUCAUCUCAAAAAUGCUAAAGCAAGCAUACCUAAUGACUUCUCUUGGUAUAAGAGGACAUUCACACAAGUCAGUAUUCAGUGGCAAGACACUGAUUCAAUGAGGGAGGAGUUGGAUGAUUUGCAGAUUUUCUUAAGCACAAGGUGGGCUAUCUUAUUGAAUUUGCAUGUUGAGAUGUUUCGUGUGAACAAUGUAGAAGACAUUCUUCAAGUUCUCAUAGUCUUUGCAGUUGAGUCAUUGGAAUUGGAUUUUGCACUUCUGUUCCCAGAGCGGCACAUUCUUCUACGCGUUUUGCCUGUUCUUGUUGUCUUAGCAACAUCAUCAGAGAAAGAUAGCGAGUCACUGUACAAGAGGGUGAAAAUUAACAGACUGAUAAAUAUAUUUAAGAAUGAACCAGUCAUUCCUGCAUUUCCAGAUCUUCAUCUUUCUCCUGCUGCAAUCUUGAAAGAAUUGUCAAUUUACUUUCAAAAGUUUUCUGCUCAAACUCGUCUUCUCACUCUUCCAGCACCUCACGAGCUUCCGCCCCGUGAAGCACAAGAUUAUCAGAGACAUUAUCUGAUUAUCAAUCACAUUGGAGCAAUCCGUGCUGAGCAUGAUGAUUUCGCAAUUCGUUUUGCUUUGUCAAUGAAUCAGCUGUUAUUGUUAAAGUCAAUCGAUAAUGCUGAGGUUGAGUGGGGCAAAGAAGUCAAGGGAAGCAUUUAUGAAGUAAUUGUUGAAGGUUUUCAGCUUUUAAGCAGAUGGACUGCACGCAUUUGGGAACAAUGUGCAUGGAAAUUUUCUCGCCCAUCCAAGGAACCAGUCCCUUUGGAAUCACAUGAGACUUCAGCAUCAUUUUCUGACUAUGAAAAGGUUGUACGAUAUAAUUAUAGUUCAGAGGAAAGGAAAGCAUUGGUCGAACUUGUUAGCUACAUAAAGAACAUUGGAUCAAUGAUGCAGCGGUGCGACACACUUGUAGCAGAUGCAUUAUGGGAAACAAUUCAUGCUGAGGUCCAAGAUUUUGUCCAAAACACUUUGGCAACUAUGUUGCGAACUACCUUCCGAAAGAAGAAGGACCUUUCAAGGAUUCUUUCUGAUAUGCGGACCCUUUCGGCAGACUGGAUGGCAAAUACAAGCAAGUCUGAAUCUGAGUUACAAUCUUUACAGCAUGGAGGUGAGGAAAGCAAAGGGAAUCUUUUUUAUCCAAGGCCAGUCGCACCAACAGCUGCUCAGGUCCACUGUUUGCAGUUCCUGAUAUAUGAGGUGGUCUCUGGUGGUAACCUUAGGAAGCCAGGGGGGCUCUUUGGGAAUAGUGGGUCUGAUAUUCCUGUCAAUGAUUUGAAACAGUUGGAAACCUUUUUUUACAAGCUUAGCUUCUUCCUGCAUAUUUUGGACUUCACAGCAAGUGUUGCAACUUUGACGGAUCUUGGUUUCUUGUGGUUUAGAGAAUUUUAUUUGGAGUCUUCUCGUGUUAUUCAGUUUCCCAUUGAAUGCUCUCUUCCCUGGAUGUUGGUGGAGUAUGUGCUUGAGUCGCAGAAUGCUGGUCUUCUUGAGAGUGUUAUGAUGCCAUUUGAUAUCUAUAAUGAUUCGGCUCAGCAAGCAUUGGUUGCACUGAAGCAACGCUUUCUCUAUGAUGAAAUUGAGGCAGAGGUGGAUCACUGUUUCGACAUAUUUGUUUCAAAACUUUCUGAGACUAUUUUCACUUACUACAAGAGUUGGGCAGCAAGUGAGUUACUUGAUCCAUCAUUUCUCUUCGCAUUGGACAAUGGAGAAAAGUAUUCUGUCCAGCCUAUGAGAUUCACUGCGCUACUAAAGAUGACUAGAGUGAAGUUACUUGGGAGGAGCAUUGAUUUAAGAAGUUUGAUUGCGGAACGGAUGAACAAAGUUUUCAGGGACAAUCUCGAGUUUCUGUUUGAUCGUUUUGAGUCUCAGGAUCUAUGCGCUAUAGUGGAAUUAGAGAAGCUGCUUGAUAUCUUAAAACACACCCAUGAAUUGCUAUCAAAAGAUCUUUCAAUAGACUCUUUCAGUCUUAUGUUGAAUGAGAUGCAAGAGAACAUCUCUCUUGUGUCAUUUUCAAGUCGACUUGCUUCUCAGAUCUGGUCAGAGAUGCAGAGCGACUUUUUACCAAACUUUAUCCUUUCCAAUACUACUCAGCGUUUUAUCCGAUCAUCGAAGGUUGCCCUUGUUCCUGUUCAGAAGCCAUCAGUUCCCCAUGCCAAGCCUAACUUCUAUUGUGGUACUCAAGAUUUGAAUUCUGCUCAUCAAAGUUUUGCACGACUGCAUAGUGGGUUUUUUGGAAUACCCCACAUGUUUUCCAUUGCAAGACUGCUUGGAUCUAGAUCAUUGCCCUGGCUUAUUCGAGCGCUUCUAGAUCAUAUAUCAAAUAAGAUAGCUACACUUGAACCAAUGAUCACAGGAUUGCAAGAAGCAUUGCCAAAAUCUAUUGGAUUGCUUCCUUUUGAUGGAGGUGUGACAGGUUGUAUGAGGCUUGUGAAAGAACAACUUAAUUGGGGGACAAAGUCAGAGCUCAAAGCAGAGGUUCUUCGUGGGAUAAAGGAGAUUGGAAGCAUAUUAUAUUGGAUGGGACUUCUUGAUAUUGUGUUGAGAGAAGUGGAUACCAUGCAUUUCAUGCAAACGGCCCCAUGGUUGGGCUUGCUUCCUGGUGCAGAUGGGCAGAUAUUGCAUUCUCAAGAUGGUAGAGAUAGCCCUAUUGUCAGCCUUUUUAAAGCUGCCACUACUGCUAUAGUGUCAAACCCUAGGUGUCCAAAUCCAACAUCUUUCCACACCAUAUCAAAACAGGCAGAAGCUGCAGAUCUUUUGUACAAGGCUAACAUGAAUACUGGAAAUGUACUGGAAUAUGCUCUCGCUUUUACAAGUGCAGCGCUGGAUAAAUAUUGUAGUAAAUGGAGUACUGCCCCAAAGACAGGGUUCAUUGACAUUACAACCUCAAAGGAUUUCUACCGUAUAUAUAGUGGCCUUCAAAUUGGAUAUUUAGAAGAGAGUGCUCAAGCACCAUCAAACAAUCAUGAAGUGCUGGGUGAUUCAAUAGCUUGGGGUGGCUGCACCAUAAUAUACUUGCUUGGGCAACAGCUGCAUUUUGAGCUUUUUGAUUUUUCAUAUCAGGUCCUCAAUGUUGCCGAAGUGGAGGCUUCAUCAAUAACUCAGACACACAGAAUUCCUCAACAUGUCCAGGGAUGGGACGGACUAUUGGAAGCAAUGAAGAAAGCGAGGAGGUUGAACAAUCACGUGUUCUCCAUGCUGAAAGCACGUUGCCCUCUUGAGGACAAGACAGCUUGUGCUAUCAAGCAAAGCGGUGCCCCUAUACACAGGAUUAAAUUCGAGAACACCGUCUCUGCAUUCGAAACGCUGCCACAGAAAGGAGUCUAAACUUUUGGCCAUGGGUCUCUUUUAAGCUCUGUUUCUGUUUCUUUUUCUUUUUUCUUUUCAAUCAAGCAACCCGAUUGAUCUUGGAGGAAUGUUUAAAUGAAAAAGAAAAUGCAUAUUUGUUUGUCCA